UUGCAAGGAAACUACUUCCGGUUUGUUGAUGUUAUGCUGAUGACACAUGAAGCUAGUUGAAGGCUAACCGUGUCAAACUCUUAACUAUUUCUAGCCUUCGGGACCAUUGUCACUGUUAUUUAGUUUCUUUUCAUCAUUUCAAAGCUUUAACCAUGAUGCAAUUCAUACUUGGCUUCACUCUGGGGAACGUGGUUGGCAUGUAUCUGGCACAGAAUUACGAGGUACCCAAUAUUUCAAAGAAAAUCGAGGCCUUUAAGAAGGACGUGGAGGCCAAGAAGAAACCCCCAGAAUGAGGACACAAGUGCUGUGUGGAAAACAUGGCUAACUGUAAUUAAAUUUAGAUGGAGGGACAUUUAAGAACUGGAAUAUAAUAUACCAUGUGUUAAAGUAUAAACAAAGAGCCCUCAAGAUGCACAAUAUAUUCGUAGUGUCAAAUAGUGCCUCAAAAUUGUUUUGAAAAUUUGCAUUUUGCAAUGUAUUCUCUGUCUUUUUUUUCUAAAUCAGGGUAGAUUUGUUUACACCUGAUUUAUUUGCUGUUACCUUUUGGAUAAUUAUUACUAUAUUUUAAAUCCAGUGGAAUUGUUUUUUUGUUUUUUUUGUCAGAAAUUGCUCGCAGUAUGAUGCAGUUCUUUGGUUUCCUGUAUUUAUGGAAAAACAUGUUUGCAGUGCAAAUAGAAACUGCACAUAAUCAAAACAAAUCACUGCAAUAUCUUAAUAUUAUGUAAUAAAGGUGUGAGAUUAUA